CGCACCUGCCGCCGCGCGGAUAUCAUGUCGAAGGCCGCCGGAAGCGCAGCAGCGGCGGCGGCGGCGGAAAGUUGUCCCCCAGCCUCCGCCGGCCCAUCCGCGGCCGCCGCCGUGGAGGACCUGUCCAAAGUAUCGGAUGAGGAGCUGCUGCAGUGGAGCAAGGAGGAGCUGAUCCGCAGCCUGCGGCGCGCGGAGGCCGAGAAGGUGAGCGCGAUGCUGGACCACAGCAACCUCAUCCGCGAGGUGAACCGCCGUCUGCAGCUGCACCUCGGCGAGAUCCGCGGGCUCAAGGAUAUCAACCAGAAACUCCAGGAGGACAACCAGGAACUGAGGGACCUCUGCUGUUUCCUGGAUGACGACCGGCAGAAAGGCAAAAGGGUGUCCCGGGAGUGGCAGAGACUGGGCCGCUUCACGGCUGGGGUGAUGCACAAGGAAGUGGCUUUGUACCUGCAGAAGCUGAAGGAGCUGGAGGUGAAGCAGGAGGAAGUGGUGAAGGAGAACAUGGAGCUCAAAGAGCUCUGCGUGCUGCUGGACGAGGAGAAGGGCGCGGGCUGCGCGGGCAGCCGCUGCUCCAUCGACAGCCAGGCCAGCCUGUGCCAGCUCACCGCCUCCACAGCGCCCUACGUGCGGGACGUGGGCGACGGCAGCAGCACCUCCAGCACCGGCAGCACCGACAGCCCGGACCACCACAAGCACCAUGCUAGCAGUGGCAGCCCUGAGCACCUGCAGAAGCCCCGGGCCGAGGGCAGCCCAGAGCACGCCAAGCACAGGAGCACCAGCCCAGACCAUCUACAGAAACCUAGGGCCUCCAGCACCCCAGAUCACCCCAAAGCACUCAAAGGACCCAGCCCUGAGCACCACAAACCCUUGUGCAAGGGCAGCCCUGAACAGCAAAGGCACCCGCAUCCAGGGAGCAGCCCCGAAACGCUGCCCAAGCAUGUGCUGAGUGGGAGCCCGGAACACUUUCAGAAGCACAGGCCUGGGGGCAGCCCCGAACACUCCAGGCACAGUGGAGGGAGCCCGGAGCAUCUACAGAAACACGCCCUUAGUGGGAGCCUGGAGCAUCUCCCUAGAGCCAGGGGCACUAGCCCCGAGCACCUCAAACAGCAUUUUGGGGGGAGCCCAGAUCACAAACAUGUCGGCGGAGGCGGUGGCGGCGGUGGAGGCAGCGGCGGAGGCAGCAGGGAGGGUACCCUCCGAAGGCAGGCGCAGGAGGAAGUGUCACCCCAUCACCGAAAUGUCUACAGUGGCAUGAACGAAUCAACCUUGUCCUAUGUUAGGCAGCUGGAGGCCAGAGUAAGACAGCUGGAGGAAGAGAAUCGCAUGCUGCCCCAGGCCACCCAGAAUAGAAGGCAACCUCCAACUAGAAACAGCUCAAAUAUGGAGAAAGGCUGGGGGCCCAGAGCCCAGCGGGUCUUGCAGUGGUGGCAAGGGUGCCGAGGAAUAGGACGAUGCCUGCCCGCUCUCCCGGGUUCUUUUAGGUUGUCAUCAGGGGCUGAUGGGAAUAACAGUUCACCCAACUCUCCAGCUAGCUUCAGUGGACAUACCACACCUUCUCAGCAGCCUGAACCCGUGGUACAUUCUCUUAAGGUCUUGGAUGUUCAGGAAACUAUAGAUCGUCAACAGGGUAAAGAGUAUGAACAUGACCUUAGUGAGACAGAAAAAGCUAUAGUCAGAGAAAUGUGCAAUGUUGUGUGGAGGAAACUUGGAGAUGCUGCAGGUUCGUGUCCUGGAAUUAGGCAGCAUUUGUCUGGAAACCAGUACAAAGGACCAAUGUGAGAAACUCUCUCUUACACAUGAGAUCUACUGCCAGAGAGAGGGAAAAGAAGAGAAGAGUGGGUUUCCACAAAUCUGAACUCAUGGAGUGAUUGUACCUUGCACAUAUUUUCAUUUAGUGUAACUAAAGCUGUAUUUUAUGUCUCUCGCUUUGAUGUCCACUACAGUCAAUUUCGAACAAGGUAGCUUUGAAAAUCGCUAUUUGGGUACCAAUAUUUUCAUUAGAACUGAAAUGUUUUUGACUCCUCAGAUCUAAGCUUAUAAUUGGGAAACAUGCAUCAUUGGAAAAGUCCAGUAGAGCCUCAGUGGUUUUGAUAGAGUUGACUUUAAUGGUGGGAGUUUUAUAUCAUGUUGUAUUGAAGAUGGGAAGCUAAAAGACACUGCUCCUUAAGAAUUGAAUAUGUCUUUCUUAUAUUUUAGUCAAUAAAAUACUAGUUCCUGAUACAUAAUUUGAUGCAAGAUAAGAUUAGGUUUCUGGGGUUUUGUUUUGAGGUGCUAAAAUACCAUAUAAAUUCUCCUUAGCACAUAGUAGCAAGACUUUGUAAAGUGCUUAUCAGAGAGUACCAUUUAUUUCAAAGGAUCAAAUAUCUUUUCUUUUAAUCUUGUUAUUCAUGAAGACACCUUGGGGACAUGUCAACCUCUAUUCAUUCACUGUAUCCAUUGAUGUUAAUAUUAACAAUUUCAAUUAAAAAAUAAGUAGUUUUUCUAAGUGUUUUUGACUGUGAGAUGUCUAUUUCUACAAUUUAGUUUCUAGACAUGCUGUUAUAUUUAAUAAACUUCAUGUAAACUUUAAGAUAUUGCACUGCAUUUAUGAAAAAAGCUUUCUUUGUCUACGCAACUAUCUAAUGGUUUAUGAAACUGACGCAUGUCCUUCAUUGAGGCUAAAAUCUUUGUUCAGACUGCUUGAGGUUUGAAAAAGAGGUGUGCUAGCUUUGCUUAGUUGAUUUCAUAUUUUUGGUAUAUAUAUUAGACUGUGUGUAUUGGAAAUGCUAUGAUAGGUAUUUUGUGUUUAUUCAAAUGCAAUGAUAGUUUCUUGUAUGAAUGUGCAAGAGGCCUGUGACAGAAUGCUAAGUUUUUACUGUAGUUUAUAAAAGUAGGAAUGCAACAAUUCCUAGUUUUCAGAUUUCUAAAUUACUCAGAUUUGAUUCAUAGCAGAUACUCCCUGUUGUUUUUAAAUGGGCUCAUUACAUUGUGUAUUAAUUGCCAUUUGUGAAGGAAUUUCAUUAUACUUUUUACAAACGUUAUUGUGAUGAAAAGUCAGCCCUCUGCUUUCAGAAAAUAUUUAUGAGUUAAUUUACUAUAGAAUAAUCUCUCUAAUUAUUGUAAUUGCGUUACCAUUUAAGCCAAUCUUUCUUUGAAAAUGUUAUAUAUUUUUAAAAUAUUAACUACUACUCUGUAAAAGAAAAUUGCUUGCUAUAUUUACACCUCUUGUUAGAAAAGCUUUCGUCUUUAAAUUGUUGUAUUCCUACACUCUGAAGACAUUCAAAAUAAGCUUUUGUGCCUGCAGUAAAGCCUGCAGAAGCUAAUACAAGAAACACUGGUCUUUUGACAAAAUACUUGUGUAAAUUUUGAUACUGUAUUAAAACUAUUUUUUUAAAGUUCCAUAUAAAAUUGAUUAUCAAGUAUAUGUGUUCAUCUUAGCAAUGGUAAUAAAUUAUUUAAUCUCAGUGUUUCUUUCUUCAAAA